AUGCAGAUGAACAAUUCAUCGAACAGUCGCAAGCGUCCACUUGCAGACGCUACAUUGGAGAUGAACACUCCCAAGAGGGAGUAUUACCAACCGUUCCAUCCAUAUCCUUAUAUGAAUAUGAUGCAGAUGCACAUGAAUGCACCGUACACUCCGUUCAGUUGUUCACCAAUGAACUCUUCGGUUUUGUCUUCUACGUCCAGCAAUGAUUCCGGAAUUAAUGCAGAUGCACAUGAAUGCACCGUACACUCCGUUCAGCUGCUCACCAAUGAACUCUUCAGUUUUGUCUUCCUACGUCCAGCAAUGAUUCCGGAAUUAGUGAGUGGUAGCACUGGAUCGUCGAGUUGUGAGAGUACGCCAUCGACUUCGACAGAAACGAAAUCAAUCAAAAGGGACGAUGAAGUGCUAUUCCAAGUACCCAGUCGGCUGAACCACAUCAGCAAGAAUAAAGUCACCCUGGCCGAGCUGAAACGUCGCAUCGCCGCCCCGGAAUGCCUCAACAGCAGUUUCCUUGGGAUCUACCUCAGACUGGCUAAGACGAAAGAGGUUGGAAAGGAGCUGAGAGACAACCUAGCUAAGCAUGGAAUAUCGCUGCCGUCAGGAAGAAGGAAAGGCAUUCAGAACACCGUGUUCACCUGCUUGGUUGAAGAGGAAGCCACACAACUCGGACGCGAUAUGCACACACUCGUCCAGCAGCACUACCCUGUUCGACCCCUUAUCGACAUGGCAGCACGAAAAUCGGUCAGCCAUCCGGAAGAGAGGCGGCGAGAUCUCAUCGGAGCGAUACGAAUUUUGGACGAGUUGAAUGGAAUGUUCACGGAACUGCAAACGCCGUUGGCGACACGGAUACAAAACAAUGUACCCAUACAUAAUGAACUUGAAGUCGGGAUGAACCACUUCAGUCUGAUCACGCACACAUUUGGACCGAUAAACCAGUCCACGUGGUGUAAUGCAUUUCUUAACUAUGCUAAAAUGUCACUAGCAAUGUAUCAAGGCCGAGGGAUGGAACAGGCCAAUCCACAGGUUAGUCCAACCAGCCUUGUUCAUACAUUAUCGGUAGUUUGA